AAUCGGGUGUUCCGUCGAGAUGGACAGUUCAAAAAAGUAGAUUCGGUGAUCUGAAUCAAACUUCCCAUUAUUACGGACAGUUCGAAAGAAUCGGCUUGGUACAAUGAAUUGAGUUUUCCGUCGAGCUGGACAGUUCAAAAGAGUCAAUCGGGAGGCCAAGUUCGGAAGAAUCGGCUCGGUACAAUGAAUCGAUUUUUCCGUCUAGCUGGACAGUUCAAAAGAGUCAAUCGGGAGGCCAAGUUCGGAAGAAUCGGCUCGGUACAAUGAAUCGAGUUUUCCGCUGAGACGGACAGUUCGAAAGAGUCAAUUCGGUAAACUUCCCAUUAAAACGGACACUUCGAAAGAAUCGACCUUACCAUCGCUGCAGUUGGCCGGCGGCAGCAGUCAAGUGUCCUCAAAAACUCCACUGCGAGAAUGGCAAUAUCCAUCUGCAGCGCAGCCAAGAUGGAAAUCACUAAGUCUUAAUGAAACUACAAAGGAGAGCUACAAGUUUGUUGGAUCUUACGUAGAGGAGACAUUGUACUGAGCCUCAAUGGCAGAACAUAUAGCCUCUGGUUUACUGGAAGCAUGUGUUGUUGUUGGAGCCUCAAAUGACAAGCUGAAGGAGCUGUAUGAGUCUCUGCAGCAGGAGAAUGGGGUUCCUCUACCUCUGCUCGACCCGGAGGUCUUGCAGGUCCACGCGCCUCCAUUUGUGACGAAGGAGAACAUGACUGAGCCUGGCAUAGGACACUUCAGCCGGGGCCAGAGGAGACGCUCUUUCAUCAAGAAGAAGAGCAACAGGCCAGGGGUUGCCCCUGGAAACACAAAAUCGAGUGAGGGCUCUACAGGGGACGUAUCUGUGCCCAAAGAUCUGGACCUGGUGGCCCUGCCUCAGCUAUGCUUUCCAGCCUCUCCCUCUCAGGAAAUGAGGAAAAGAUGCAAGGACAAGAUGCAGGUUCAAAGGAAACCACACCAAACGUGUUUACCAAGAGGACUUCAGGUAUCCAAGCAGCUGAAGGACGAUCAUUUCCACUUUCUGGUCUUCACUGACGUCUUUGGAAACCAGACGCAUGGAGUGGUUGUUCACUAUUACAGACUUAUACAGAUAAAUCAGCUAUUUCAGGAGGGGGCGCAGCACCAGAAUGGCCAUGUCCACAAACAUCCUCAAUUUUAUGCACCUUAUGGAGUUUGCAUUAUAUCUAAGCACCCCUACUAUACUGCUUUGAAGGACUGCCUGUCAUGCCUACUGGGGCAGCUGAAAACCUGCCGGAUGGCAGACUUGGACGAGCGAGUGAAAGAGUUUUCAGCCAAACUGGCUUUGGUGCCCAUUCCUCCCCCUGGACCACUGCAUGUGAUGUUCACCUUACGACCCCUGACAAUUGUGCUUCCGUCAAGAGAGGAUAAAGAUCGUCCUGUCAUUGACCUGGACCUGCACCUCCCAUUCCUGUGCUUCACUCCCAGAGUACUGCUGCAGAUAAUUACCAGUAUCCUGACGGAGCAGCGGCUGGUUUUCUUCUCUUCUAACUGGGCCAGGCUGACACUGAUGGCAGAGUGCUUCAUGCUGUAUAUCCACCCUCUGCGCUGGCAGCACCCUCUGGUGCCCACCCUCUCCCGCCAGAUGCUGGACUUCCUCAUGGCACCCACUGCUUUCCUCAUGGGCUGCCAUCUCAACCACUACCAAGAGGUUGCUACGGAGACAGAUGACUUGAUUUUGAUCAAUGUUGAUGAAGGGACCAUCUCCUCAGACCAUGCUGACAUACCAGAAGCUCCACGUGCAGCUGCUGAAUGUUUUAAGAGACGACGAAAUGGCCUUCAUUUACACUAUGAUGUAGAGGCAGUUCACCAGGGUGCCUGCAUGGAUAUUAAUGAUCUGCGCAUGCGGAGGAGAAGGUGGCAGGAGAACCUCAACUGGGAGAUACAGAAGGUCACUCUGGAGUUCAUUGUGAAUAUCUUCAGGGACGUCAGUGAUCACCUCAAUUAUGAACACAGGGUCUUCAACACUGAGGAGUUCCUAAAGACCAGAGAACCUGUGGACCAGCAAUUUUAUAAAAAGGUUUUGGAAUCGCACAUUUUUCAUUCCUUCUUGAAAGAUCGUUUAAGCAGAAAGACAGAUGCCUUCACACGGAUGGAGCUGAGCACCCGAACAGAGGCCCAAAAAAUGAAAGCUGGAGUUGAGAACCCUCGGAGGCCCACCAUGCAGGAGAUGGCGCGGAAAUACAACUGCCCAGAGAACCGCCUGAGUAAGAGGCUAGGCACGAGUCUACCCAAUCUGGGGGAGGAGAAACACCUGAGCAUCCCCAGACACGCCUCAGUCACCAAAGCCAAAGCCAUUCCUGACAUCUCUCUAGAUAUCCCAGCCAAGCAGAUUAAAAUCUUUAAGCUGCCAGAGUUCCCUCCACCUUUGGUGUAUCAGUAUGUCCACCACUACUAUGGAGAGGUGACCCACCAGUUAGGGAAAGCCAUGGCCUCUCUCCCUACUGGUGACUCUUCUCUGCUAGCCAGAUAUUACUACCUCCGUGGUCUUGUCAAUACCUUGAAUUCCAAACGUUUGGAGGCCCUCAGCGAUUUUCAGAACCUGUACAAAACGGACGUUGAGCUGUUCCCUGGGGAGCUGGUCCGGACGUUGGUGGACUCUUUGCAGAAGGAGGAGAGGGCUCAGGCAGAGAGGCGUUCUGAACUCAGGCGGCUGCUCUGUAAGCUGAAGAGCGAUGAGAAGAGUGAGCUGGUGACAGAUGACCAUGUGAAGAAGUUUCAGCUUCCCAAAAUCUCCAUGCAUCUGGAGGAGUUUGUGACAUGCAUUCAGGAGUCAGGCAUUGUCAGAGAUAUGGCCACCAUCCACAGACUGUUCGAGGCUCUCACUGAUGGUCAGCAGAAGGUGGUAGAUCCAGAGCUGUUUCGGGUUUUUUACACAUUCUGGAGGGAGACAGAGGCAGAGGCCCAAGAUGUUCACCUGCCCUCUGAGGUCAUCGAGCAUCUGGAUAAUAAUGAGUGUGUGUACAAACUGUCCAGCUCUGUUAAGACCAAUCAUGGUGUUGGGAAGAUUGCUAUGACACAGAAGAGGCUCUUUUUGUUGACCGAGGGCAGGCCAGGAUAUGUUGAAAUCACCAAGUUCAGAGACAUUGAGGAGGUGAAGAUCUCUGCUGCUUCGUUCCUGCUGCUGAGAAUUCCCUCUCUGAAGAUCAAGAGCAGUCUGAGGAAGGAGGUUUUCGAGGCCAAUCUGAAGUCUGAGUGUGACCUUUGGAGCCUGAUGGUCAAAGAGAUGUGGGCAGGCAGGAGAAUGGCUGAUGACCACAAGCACAGGAGGUGUGUAGACAUGGAAAAAUACGGGACGUUUCCAUUACCACAUGAGGGUCACUGGAGCAUUCCAUUAGUUAUUUUCCAGUGUAAAACCUUCGCCAAAGAUACACACACCCUGCUGCUUCCUCAUGACCCUGCCAACUGUCCUUCUGUGGAAAAUGAUCCUCAGCACAUGCAGCAGGCUUUGGCUAAUGUUCUUCUCAUGGACGCUGUUGUGGGCUGUCUACAGUCACCAAAGGCCACAGUAGCUGCCUCCAAAUUGGCUUACUAUGAUAAGAUGAAGAAGGAGGUGCCUAUGAUGGUACCUAAAACCACAGUGGAGGCUCUGAAGCACAGGAUAAACCCGUCUCUGUGCAUGACCACACCACAGACUGUAGAUGUCCUGCUGUACACUCCAGGCCAGUUACUUUUGUCAGACUGUGACCUGGACGGGACUCCUAAGCUUUGGUGUGCUCUUAGACAUGGGACAGUUGUGGUGUUUGAUGCUGCUAGCUGGUCCAUGCAGCAGAACUGCAUCCAAGUAGGAACUAAACAACUGAAUUGCAUGCUGGGAUUGGACCAGGAGCAGGUGUGGAUUGGCUCUCAGGAUUCUGUGAUUUACAUCAUCAACACCCGCAGCAUGUCUUGUCAUAAGCAGCUGACUGAGCAUCGAGCUGAGGUCAUGGACUUUGCUCUGGAAGAGAAGAGCAGCAAGUACAGCCACACUCAGGUGUACUCGUGUAGCGCUGACGGCUUUGUGAUUGUUUGGGAUGUUCUCACUCUGAAGGUGAAGAAACAGUUUCAUUUGGAUUGUGAAGGACUGCAGUUUCUAAAGCUUUAUAAUGGAACAUUAUGGUGUGGUGCCAGAGACUGUAUCAUGGAAGUGAGGAAGAGCGGAGCGCUUCAUCGUAAGCUCUCUCUACCCGAGGCUGUGAUGAGCACAAACACUACUUUCAGCAGCUUCCUGCUUCUAGUAGAGGCAGGGGAGAUCUGGACCAGCUUCUCAGAUUCAGGGGAGCUGUGUGUGUGGGCCUUAACAGACCUGACUGCGCCAUCCAACAGGAUCAUACUCCCAGAAUGCACUGGAGUCACAUGCAUGAUAAAGGUCAAGGACCAGAUCUGGGUGGGCUGUCAUGGCAGUAGUCCCAUGCCGAGCAGCGUGAGCGGGAAGAUUUUCGUGUUGGACUCGGAGAGCUGCAAUGUGCGGAAGGAGCUGCAGGCUCACACAGACAGCGUUCAAGCUCUGUGCUCUGCCGAGAACCGCUAUGUAUUCAGUGGCUCUGCUAAACAUGAUGGCAAGAUUGCCAUCUGGAAAGUAGAGUAGAGAAAUGAGACCUAGGUCAGCCUUGGAUGAAAAAAAACAAACAAUACAAAAUAGUCUUAAUGGCUUUGCAGCGAAACAUUCAACAGUCAGUUUUUCCCUGCCUGGUAGACAGAGGCACAUUUGGCAUGCCUCAGUAGAAAGAAACAGGCCAUGAAGUCAGGGCUCAAACCCUGAGCAAAUGACAGAGGAGGAUCCAAUCCACAGCCCAACACAAUAAAGCACGAAAAGCACAAUAACACAAUGUUUAAAUAAUCUUAAACAUCUUAAAACCAACAACGUUAACAACAAAAAAUGUCUUACCAGGAGCAUGGUGCCCCCCCGAGAGACUCUCUGCACUGCCACUUUGCAUGGCUGCGGAUGGUCAUCACCAGUGGCAGGAUGCCACAAUAUUAUGUAAAACCAGAUGUGUUGUACAUAUGUGUUGUAUUAUAAUUGCAGGCAGGGUCAAGAAGUGUUUACCUUAUACAACAAGUCUAUUGUCUAAACCAGUAUCCUCAACAUCCAGAUCAACAUUAGACCAACAAGACCAAAAGUAGCAACCUAAGCAAGGCCAGUAUCACAAAUUUUGCACUAGGUUUGAACAGAGUUUGUGUUUGUGCCUCCCCCUUAGUACUUGGGGAACUGUAGCUGUAUUCAUAAAGCUUUUCAGAGUUGGACUGCUGUUUCUGGAUCUGUAAUGAUCCUUGAAACAUCAUGAAUAGAAUCAGUAUGUUCAGAGAGAAUCUGGUCCAAAUUGGCACUGUGGCUCAUUAUGAAUUCAGGUUGCAUCUCCCUCGCCCAUGCGGAGAGCAGUGAUUGGCUAGACUCGCUGUCGGGUGUGGGAGGCUCUCCAUAACACCAGAGACCCCAGACCAGCACUCAAAUGCUGACAUGUCAAUGGAAGGAAUUUUUGGGAUGUGUUUACUAGACAAUGUAGAUACACAUCUGCAUCUUCCCCCAGUGCAUGCGGUUGUGCAGAUAAUAGCCACACUGUUAUUCAUGUUAAUCUAGAUUUGACAAUUGCAGGGGGAGAAACAGUGGUCUCUUUUUUGGUAUUUGUUGAAAAGUAAAAUAGCUUUUGAAACAGACCAUAU